AUGCUAUCAAAUAUUCAUAGUACAUAUAAUCUUGUUAUUGAUCUUUCUUGGCUUACAGAUAUUGUUAGAAGUUUUAAAGCAGACCCUGUUACAUUUCCACUAGGCAAAAAUGUUUACGAUAAUAAAAUAAAAGCAGAUGGUAAUCAAAUCUCUCGCUUUGCGGUUAAUGUAGUGAGCCGUCACAAUGUUGAAAAGACGUAUAUCUUAUGUAUGUUGGCUAAUAUUAAUAUUGAUCAUUUAUUCAGUGAGCGUACGAAUGGUUUGAAGGUAUCUUUACCACUAUCAUCUCAGAUGCAAGAUACAGCCAUGGCACAUAUUGAUGGAGCUGGAAAAUGA